AUGUCCCAGCAAGCAGACGCCUCCCAAUGCGGGGGGGUUGUGGUGGAGUUUCAGUCUAACGACAUCAGGGAUGCAAGAGCAAAUAGAACCAGGAAUAUACCAGGUUCAGCUCUUAUCUACCUCAAGGGUCCCAAGUUUCUCAUCUACGUCAGUGGAGCAUUGUCAAUGUGGGGGGACCGCAUGUGGCACUUUGCAAUUUCUGUGUUCCUGAUCGAGCUGUAUGGCCGUAACCUGCUGUUGACUGCAGUGUUUGGGUUGGUGGUGGCUGGGUCAGUGCUCCUUUUAGGGGCUUUGAUUGGCGACUGGGUUGAUCGCAAUCCCAGGAACAAAGUUGCACAUGCAUCUCUUUUCAUUCAGAACAUCUCAGUGACCGUGUGUAGCAUCGUGCUCAUGUUGGUGUUCUCAUAUAAGCAAAGGAUUGAACAGAUCUGGGAUGGAUGGCUUACUGUGGUUUGUUAUACGGUGGUGAUCGUCCUGGCAGAUGUGGCAAACCUUGCAAGCACAGCACUGACCAUUGCCAUUCAGAGGGACUGGAUUGUGGUUAUCACAGGCUACAACCGAGGUCACCUUGCUGGGAUGAAUGCAACCAUGAGGCGGAUAGAUCAGGUGACUAACAUCCUGGCCCCACUAGCAGUGGGACAGGUCAUGACCCUGGCCUCCAAUGUAGUUGGCUGUGGCUUCAUCCUGGGCUGGAACCUGGUGUCUCUCAUUGUGGAGUUCUUCUUCUUGUCCCGGGUGUACCGCAUCGUCCCUGCUCUUUCAGUCAAACCGCCACUGAUGGAGGUGGAUCAGGUUUAUCUGCAGAAGCGCAGGGAAGAUAAUGUUGCAGAACCUCAACCUCUAACCGAAGGUAACUGCAACACAAGCCUGCACAUAAAAGAAAUCACCAACCUGCCGCUGUGUUUCCGGAGGUUCCGCUGGUUGAUGAGCACCUGCAAGGACGGCUGGAGGGCCUACUACCGCCAGCCUGUCUUCCUGGCAGGAAUGGGUCUGGCGUUCCUCUACACCACCGUCCUGGGUUUUGACUGCAUCACCACCGGCUACGCGUAUACUCAGGGCAUUAGCGGCUCCCUCCUCAGUCUGCUGAUGGGUGUCUCAGCUCUCACGGGGCUGAUGGGCACUGUGAUGUUCACCAGACUCAGGAAGUCCUAUGGCCUGGUUAACACGGGCAUCAUCUCAAGCUGCCUCCACCUGGGCUGCUUGCUGCUGUGCGUGUGCUCGGUGUUUGCCCCCGGCAGCCCGAUGGAUCUUAGCUUGCUGAUGCCCUACAUCACCUCCAACUCCUCUACUGAGCUCGGAGGGAUGGCGAGCCAAAGGCAAAAACACACUUAUCCUCUGAGGGGCAGCAGCAAUCAGCCACUGCUGCCAGACCGCUCCUCCAUCCACUGGACCAACAACACUGUGCUCUUCGACAACGUGCCCUCCGACACGGCGCCAGAAUCGUACAUCUCCAUUAUCCUCCUGUUCCUGGGUGUCAUCACAGCACGAAUUGGUCUCUGGUCCUUCGACCUGACAGUGACCCAGCUCCUGCAGGAGAACAUCUGUGAGUCAGAGAGGGGUGUAGUAAACGGUGUGCAGAGCUCCAUGAAUUACCUGAUGGAUCUGCUUCACUUCAUCAUGGUGAUCUCUGCUCCACAACCACACCACUUUGGCAUCCUGGUUAUCAUUUCUGUAUUAUUCAUCACCACUGGGCACACUAUGUACUUCCUGUAUGCACACAAAGUAAAGAGAAAACGCCGUCACUGCACAUAAGGAGCAGUCUCAUCUAAUCUACUCCCGACAUAGCCAUUCAUUUCAUCACAACAUAGCAAGUGCCUGUCCCACCUCUGUUGCCCUCUUCCUGCAGCGCCAUGUGCCGUAGCAGCAUACAAGAACUCAGGUGAAAUACAGCGGGAGACACGCUCUCCCUUAGUGUACAUAAGUCGAGGUGGCCUCAAUAAACGCAGCUCUGGUACCUCAAGGCGAGGCGUCCUGAUCUAGUGUGCAACAGGACACACGGGUAGCAGCGGAGGCACCGGCCUACGCAAACCCUGAAGGAUUACUGCAUCACUAGCCUGGUAACGCACAGUACUUAGCUUUUUGGAUGGGAGGGUGGAUGGAUGGAGAGCUUUUUCUAACCUUCACUCAGUAAAGAACUGGUGUUGUGAAGAAAACCCAACAGCGAUACAGGAAAAUGCAAACAAGACGAGACAGUAGUGGCAUCAAUGUUACUGAUCCGUCCACUUGGAAAUAUUCCAGGGUGUCCAAAAACAAACAUAAAGGGAACUCGAUGUCAGAUUGUUUGACUUAGAAAAUAGAUAAAUCUGAAAGGCAGUUCCCCCUGUAAGUGGACAGAAGUGAAGAGAAAUGUAUUUCCUUUCCCUGGUUUGUUUCUCUGUGGAUGAAUCAAGCUGACAAUUUGCAGGUAAACCUGGUUUAUGCAUUAUAACAACAAACAUGAUCAACUCACGCCAUGUCCUUUUAUUACAAUCUAUUUUAUUCUAACGGCUUGUGUACUUUGAUAAAUAAAAAAGUAGUUUCCAAACUUUCUUUCCUUCCCAUAUAAAGAGUGAUAUUAUUAGUUUUAUAGACAUCCAAGAGGAAACCAAUCUUAAUUUUGUGACAUGUUAGAAAUCAGUGAUAAGUCAAUGGCAAAUGUUGAUCAAUGCUAUUGGCUGUGUUGUAUUACACAUUGCUUCAUUCUUUUUUUAGUUUAGUUUUAUGAACUAAACCCUACCUUACCUCAACUAAGAACAUGAACAUUGUUGGGAAUAUCUCUUGGGAAUUACUCUCAGCUACUGUAUGUCUUCAUAUCUCCUUCUUGUACAGUUGGAAACAACAUCAAAGUAAAACCUUCUGUCAUGCAA